AUGGUAAUUGGUGGAGACAUUUUUAGCCGAAUCAUUGAAGACGGUGUCAAAAAAAAUAACGGAGUCCUUGGACAAGCAACAAAGUUCGGUUGGAUUUUAUCCGGAAUCAUCAAACAAAAAAAAUUCAGUAAAAUAACAUCCACGACUACCAACCUAGAGCGAUUUUGGGAGCUGGAGGAAAUACCAGAUGAAAACGAUAUCGAAGAAGAUGAUGCAUGUUUAAAGCAGUUUGAAGAAACCAUCAAACAAGAGGAUGAUGGGCCAUUUAUUGUAGAAAUCCCUUUUAAAGAAGAUAAAGAUUUGGGUGAUUCUCGCAAACAAGCUGUGGCGCGCCUCGUUUCUAUGGAAAAUAAAUUUCAAAAAAGCAAUAAACUAAAAGAGGACUACCAUCAAUUCAUCAACGAAUAUAAGGACCUUGGUCAUAUGGUCAAAGCAAAUGAUCACUUAAAAGGUAAAUAUUAUCUACCACACCAUGCAAUAAUACGAGAAAACAGUUUAACAACGAAGUUACGCGUUGUAUUUGAUGCAUCUGCAAAAUCUUCGAACGGAAAAAGCCUCAAUGACAUCAUGUUUUCCGGUCCUAAGCUUCAGAGAGACAUAUUUGACAUUUUUCUCAAAUGGAGACUUUGGAAAGUAGUUAUCACUGCUGAUGUGGAAAAAAUGUUCAGGCAAAUAAAAAUUGCUGAAAAGGAUCGCGAAUAUCAUAGAAUUUUAUGGCGCGAAAGUCCGUUGAACAAAAUUGAGGAAUAUAAGUUGACCACAGUGACUUAUGGUACUGCAUCAGCUCCAUAUUUAGCAGUACGCACAUUAUUUGAAAUUGCAAAUAAAUGUCCAAAUAAACGGCUCCAAACAUUAAUAAAAGAAGACUUCUACAUGGAUGACCUUAUGACUGGCGCAGAUUCAGUUAAACAAUGUCAAGCCAUUCAAGAAGGCAUCAGCAAUCAUCUUUAA